AUGACUGAGGAAGAUAGCAACAAAAUACCCACUAAAAGGGAUGCAGAACGAGUGAUCUUGGACAAGGAAAAGCUUGAUAAGCUAGUAAACAGAGCCAAAGAGGUUAUAGAAAGUGACAAGACGGAAGUUCCACCCUUUUGGGUGAAUAAAUAUAAAAAAGAAGCAGCAAGGAACUGGGAUCUAUUCUAUAAGCGAAACACAACCAAGUUCUUUAAAGAUCGACAUUGGACAGAUCGUGAAUUUGAAGAACUUGCGCCAGAUCAAUCAGGCAAUCGAAAGUAUUUACUCGAAAUAGGGUGCGGUGUAGGCAAUUUUGUUUUUCCAGCCUUAGCAGAGAACUCUUCGCUAUUUAUUUACGCAUGCGAUUUCUCAAAGAGAGCAAUAGAUAUGGUCAAGUCCAACGAACAAUACGACGAAUCUCGUUGCAAGGCAUUUGUAUGCGAUUUGACUCAAGAUCUAUUAACUGACCAAAUUGAACCAAAUAGCCUAGACUUGGUGUCUGCCCUUUUUGUUUUCUCAGCUAUUCCUCCAGAAAAGAUGGAAGUUGCUAUCAAGAAUAUUUAUAAUGUACUAAAACCAGGUGGAAGAGUAUUGUUUCGCGAUUAUGGACUUUAUGAUGAAGCACAAGUGAAAUUUAGUAAAGCUUCAGAUAAACGGUUAGGCGAUAAUUUAUAUGUACGUCAAGACGGUACAAUGAGUUAUUUCUUUUCAACAGAAGAUGCUAAGUCAAGAUUUGAAGCUGCUGGAUUCAGCACAGUCGAUUGUCAGUACAUCUAUCGUGAGACGACCAAUCGUCAGAAAGAAAUGAGAAUUGAUAGAAUAUUUACACAGGCUAAAUUUGAAAAGAAGAGCCGUGAUAGUUUAUAG